UCACCCCUACACUCCGCCCCCCCACACGUCACUGGCCCUUGACUGUGCCUGCUAGGUGCCGCCCGGUGUCUCCCGGUGUGAAGCCCCCGCCCGGUGCUGCACCAUGGCGGCCAGCGCCAAACGGAAGCAGGAGGAAAAGCACCUGAAGCUGCUGCGGGAGAUGACCAGCCUGCCUCACAACCGCAAGUGCUUCGACUGCGACCAGCGCGGCCCGACCUACGCCAAUAUGACGACGGGCUCGUUCGUGUGUACGUCCUGCUCCGGCAUCCUACGAGGUUUGAAUCCACCCCACAGAGUGAAGUCAAUUUCUAUGACCACAUUUACACAACAAGAAAUAGAAUUUCUUCAGAAACAUGGAAAUGAAGUGUGCAAACAAAUUUGGCUAGGAUUAUUUGAUGAUCGGUCUUCUGCAAUCCCUGAUUUUAGAGAUCCACAGAAAGUGAAAGAAUUCCUUCAAGAAAAAUAUGAAAAAAAAAGAUGGUAUGUGCCGCCCGAACAAGCAAGAGUAGUGGCUUCUGUUCAUGCCUCUAUAUCUGGGUCCUCGGCGAGUAGUGCUAGUAGUACACCAGAAGUCAAACCAUUGAGAACUCUUUUGGGGGAGACUGCGCCGGCUCUACAACUAAACAAGGGCACCCCUAGCCAGUCUCCUGUUGUGGCUCGCAAUCAGGUGCCCCAGCAACAGCAGCAUCUUCAUCUUCAUCCUCAUCAUCAUCACCACCAUCAUCAAGAGAAGAAGUUUGACCUUCUGAGUGACCUUGGAGGAGACAUCUUCGCUACGCCUGCGCCUCAGCCAGUUUCCACUGCAAACUUUGCCAAUUUUGCAAACUUCAACAGUCACACAGCUCCCAAUUCUGCCCAUGCAGACUUUGCAAACUUUGAUGCAUUCGGACAAUCUAGUGGCACGAGUAGUUUUGGAGCGUUUGCCCCAGCGAGUCAGACACCCUCCCAGCCCUUAAGUACAGCGUUCAGAACGCUUUCAUCCAGCUGCAGUAUUGGCGACUUUACGUCCGCUUUCUCUCUGCAGGCCGCUUACCGUACCAAUGCAAAUGCAAACUUUGCCCAGUUUGAUAACUUUCCCAAAUCCUCCAGUGCUGACUUUGGAGCCUUUAAUUCCACCGGAGCCAGCCAAACUACUGCAGUCAGUAAACCUAGCCAGCCUUCAGCGGAUAAAUACGCAGCUCUUGCUGACCUAGACAGUAUCUUCAGCAACCCGCAAGGUGGUAGCGGUCAAGCUGUCUAUAGUAGUGGAGCUGUUUCUGCAACGUCUGGCCCAGCGGCCUCAUCUGCAAAAGAAAACAGUGUUUUUGGAAUGCAUGCUACAGUCCCUGCAGCGCACACACGCCCGAUGCCACCAGUCCCAGGAAGCUUUGCAGCAUCUGCUUCCACAAACCCGUUUGUGUCGGCUUCCGUUGCACCGGCUGUUAAUCCAUUCCAGACAAAUGGGCGAUCAGCACCAGGAGUCCGUGAUGGGCACGCGACAGAAAUGGAGUUUCCAGGCGCUCCAUUUCACCCAUUCCACCAGACCAGACUACCAACAGCUGCAGCGAUGGAUGUCUCUUCUUUUGGCACAGCCUCUCUAAGCAUGCCCGCGGGCUUCGGGACAUCGGCAUCUUAUAGUCUUCCGACCAGCUUCAGUGGCUCUUUCCAUCAGCCUGCAUUCCCUGCCCAGACAGCCUUUCCCCAACAGACUGCUUUCUCCCAGCAACCUAAUGGAAAUAUACAAGGAGCUGGUUUUGGUGUGUUUGCUCCAGCAAAGUCAGUGGUUACUCCGUUCGGGCAGGUUGCAGCUCCUGCAGUCUCUAGCAAUCCUUUCAUGGCCGGUGGACCUACGGGACAGUUUCCAGCAGGAAGUUCAUCAACCAAUCCUUUCUUAUAGCCUUAGACUAACACAGGAGCUUACCAAGCAUCACCAUACAUGUACUGCCUCUUGCACUGUUUGUCUUGUUUAACCAGCGUAAGCUUUAAACACAGGGAGUUCUUUCAGAGCCUGCAAUUAUAUUUUUUUUCUAUUUAAACAAGAAAAGGAAGAAAAACAAGGUAAAAUGUGCAAUUGGAAAGCCUUUUCUUUCUCAUUCAGCCCUUUGGCUGUCCAGGGACUUGUUAGCAAAACAUUGCAGAGCACUCUGUUAGCAACUCAAUGGUCAACCAAAGGGUUAACUUAAGGGCGUAUCAUGUAUAUUACAUUUGGUAAGUUAUUGCAGAUUCCAUAUACAUUAAGCUGCAGUACUGUACAUAUAUUUUUUCUUAGGGUCUAGAUAAUUGUUCAUAUCAGUAUUUCUAACUCAUAACACUUUAUGCUAUGUGGGAGUGAACAAACCGAGCGGUUUUAAAUAUCCGCUUUGUUACUUAAGAGUAAACUUUCUUCAUUUUAGCAAUUUGGCUUGAAGGGAUGUGAAAUUAAAUGUUAAAUAAAAAAAAAUAUAUAAAUUUUAUUCAUUUAAAACUGAAAAAACCCACAAACUUUUAUUUUGCCCAGUCAAAGCUACCCAUUUCUAUACGCCUAAAUUCUCCAUACUGAAGACUCGUGUCUGCAUAAUAAAGCUAAUGUUUUGCUACAGUUUGCAGGUGAAAAAUAUUAAAAUAAUAGAAAAAGUGUA